AUUUUACUCUCUUGAUAUUAUUUGGUGCUGCUAUACCCUACAAUUUCCAGAGAGUAAACGCAAUUUGUAGGGAGGAUGAUGAAAAUGAAAGGCGAAAUAGAGUGUGAUUUGCUGAAAGACUGUUGAAUAGAUGAGAAAGAUAAAGCAUGUAUUCAACGGAAUGCUCUGCGAAAGAUUUGAAUUCAUCAGAGGAGGUGUUCACACCACAUUUACAGGCCUACCUUAAGCAGGUUCCAUGGCAUCUCAACAGGGCCGGGAGUGGAUGGGUAUUCAGCAAUUUCCAGUUGCUACCCAGAAUGCACUAUAUGGGUUGCUGAGUAAAUUGAAGCAAGAGGUUGCUGACAUGAAAUGCAUUCAAGAUGUGAACUCUCUUACUAUUCUUGUUAUGGGAAAAGGCAGUGUGGGAAAGUCUUCAACAGUUAACUCUCUUGUCAAUGCCUUCCAGGCUGAGGCAAUGCGACCUGUAUUAUGUUCAAGGUCAAGAGCAGGUUUUACAUUAAAUAUAAUUGACACACCAGGGUUAAUAGAAGGUGGUUUUGUAAACGAUCAUGCUCUCGACCUUAUAAAAAGGUUUCUGACAAACAAGAUUAUUGAUGUCCUUCUUUAUGUGGAUUGGUUGGAUAGUUAUCAAGUUGAUAACUUGGAUAAACAAAUUGUCAAGGCCAUUUCUGAUACUUUUGGAAAACAAAUAUGGCAGAGAAGCCUGGUGGUCUUUACACAUGCUCAGCUCUCUCCUCCAAAUGGCUUAAGUUAUGCUGACUUUGUUGAAAGGAGAUCAGCUGCAUUGCAUGAUGCAAUUCUUGAAGCAGCUGGGUUCAAGAAAUCUAAUAUCCAGGUGACUUACAAUCAUACUAUGGAUGCAAAUAUAUUUUUUGAUUCCCCUAGUUGA